AUGAAAAACAACGAAUUUGAAAAUAUUGAUAACGAAAUAAAAGUAAAGGAAAAUUUAUCUGACGAAUCAAGUGAUACAAUCUAUAAAAAUCGAUUUCGUUUUAAAAAAAAUUCGAUUCAAAUAAAAAAAAAUAGUUUAUUAAAAACUAAAAUUAAAAAUACUAACUUAGAAGGAACCAUAAUAAAUGAUUCAAAAUUAAAUAACAUUGUCCAAUUUAAUAAUAAGGAUGAAAAUAUUUCAUGUAUCGAAAAUGGUGUAAUAACAAAAGAUAUGCAAAAUGAAGAAUUAAAAAAAUUUUCUAUGAAAAAUAAAGAAAAUACAAAGAAUAAGGAAAAUGCAGAAAAUACUGUAGUAUUUACCAAACUAACAUCCAUGCAAAAAAAAAAAAGUAUAAAUGAUAGCGAUCAAAAUAUUACAAAUGAAAUAAAGAAUAACAAAAAAAAAGAAAAAAAUGUGUUAAUAAAAAAUAAACAUUCUGAUGAAUUAAAUACAUCAUUAAAUGACAAGAGUAGUAAUAAUAAUACAAACACUAAAAGUUCUCUUGAAAAUAUUUCCAAUCUUAACAAAUCAAAAACUAAUAAAAAAAAUGAAAUUCAUAAAAAUUUUAUUAAAAAUAAACAUAAUAUAGUAAAUAAUAAUAUACAUCAGAUUGAUAGUCAAAAUAAUUCAAUUGAAACAAUAAAUUAUAAUACAACAACGGACAAAACUGAUGAGUCCCCUUUAAGCCUCCUUAAGAAACAUGGGAAAUUGAUAAAAUAUAUUAAUGAAAUACACAUGAACAAUUCAGAAGAAAUCAUAAAUCUUCGAAACGACUUUUCAACUAUAAAAAGCGAUCUUAAUAAAAUAAUGAACAUAAUAAGUAUUAGCCAAAAGGCUGUUUCAUCUUUAAAAUGA